ACCUAGCUUGUCACAACAAUUACUAAUCCGUGGAGGAGAGGAAGACAUGUCGUACAAGCACUGGAUUUGAUACCUAUCGAAAAACCGGAGCAAUUGCUAUUCUAUUUUUUAAACCAAAGCAUAUGCUUGGUCGCAAAUUUUAGCAAAGAACAUAUCGGGUCGUAUCUUGAUAUUGCUCUAAGUCAUCUGUUCAACUUAUGCAACUGUGAACAUCAACAACGUUAACGUUAGCUAGCAUAGCCAGUAUACAAUCAAUCGACAAACCAACAAACUCUAACAUAUGUUGGUCUCAGUAUUCAAUCCAAAGUGAGUAAGACAAAGGUAGAGCCUUUUGGUCCAUGGCAAGAGAGAACCAGAGGCCAUGUCGAUGUGAGGAUUUGUGAGAAGUGCAAUAAAUUGGGGAUUUGGUGUUGGAGAGAGAGCCAUGUCCUCAGGAGCGGAGCCCCCUGACAACCUGGAACAUCCACGAUUUUUUGUGGGCUGUGAUGACGCCGAAGGAGAGGAGCUGAUCGAUCCUGGGAGAGUCAUGGGGUGCGACUGUCUCUACGAAGAUGUUGAGGAAGAGGAGGAAGACGACGAUGAGAUGUAUGACUCGCCACCAGAGAGGCAGAUAGUGGUCGGCAUUUGUGCAAUGUCGAAGAAGUCCAAAUCCAAACCGAUGAAGGAGAUCCUGGAGCGCUUGUGUCUCUUUAAGUACAUCACCGUGGUAACUCUGGAGGAGGAUGUCAUCCUCAACGAACCUGUCGAAGACUGGCCCCACUGUGACUGCCUCAUCUCCUUCCACUCCAAGGGCUUUCCUUUGGACAAGGCCGUGGCUUAUGAAAAACUAAGAAACCCGUUUAUCAUUAAUGACCUGGACUUCCAGUACUCUAUUCAAGACAGGAGGGAAGUGUACAGAAUACUGAAGGACGAAGGGAUCCAGCUACCUCGCUUUGCUGUGCUCAACCGAGAUCCCGCGAGACCAGAGGAAUGUAACCUGGUGGAAGGGGAGGACCAUGUUGAAGUGAACGGGGAAGUUUUUCAGAAACCCUUCGUAGAGAAACCAGUCAGCGCCGAGGACCACAACGUCUACAUUUACUACCCCACCUCGGCCGGGGGCGGCAGCCAGCGACUCUUCAGGAAGAUUGGCAGCAGAAGCAGCGUUUACUCACCGGAGAGCAAUGUCAGGAAAACAGGCUCCUAUAUUUACGAGGAGUUUAUGCCAACAGAUGGCACUGAUGUCAAGGUGUACACAGUGGGGCCUGACUACGCCCAUGCUGAAGCAAGGAAGUCUCCGGCCCUUGAUGGCAAAGUGGAGCGGGACAGUGAGGGCAAGGAGGUGCGGUAUCCCGUCAUCCUCAAUGCCAGAGAGAAGCUCAUUGCUUGGAAAGUGUGUCUGGCUUUCAAGCAAACGGUCUGUGGUUUUGAUUUACUGCGUGCCAAUGGACAUUCGUAUGUCUGCGACGUCAACGGGUUUAGCUUUGUGAAGAACUCGAUGAAGUACUAUGAUGACUGUGCGAAAAUCCUUGGUAAUAUCAUCAUGAGGGAGCUGGCCCCACAGUUUCAGAUUCCGUGGUCCAUACCCCUGGAGGCUGAAGACAUUCCUAUUGUCCCUACUACCUCUGGUACCAUGAUGGAGUUGCGUUGUGUCAUUGCGGUCAUUCGCCAUGGGGACCGAACCCCAAAGCAGAAAAUGAAGAUGGAGGUUCGCCACCAAAGGUUUUUUGAUCUCUUCGAGAAAUGUGAUGGGUACAAAACUGGAAAGCUAAAGCUGAAGAAGCCUAAACAACUUCAGGAAGUGCUGGAUAUUGCUCGACAACUAUUGGUUGAAAUCGGGCUCAAAACAGACUGCGAAAUCGAAGAAUCCAAAGCAAAACUGGAACAACUGAAGACGGUCCUUGAAAUGUAUGGCCAUUUUUCUGGCAUCAAUCGCAAAGUGCAGAUGACAUACCUUCCCCACGGUUGCCCGAAAGCCUCUAGCGAGGAGGAAGAUGUGCGUAGGAAGGACCCCUCUCUGCUGCUGGUGCUGAAGUGGGGAGGGGAGCUGACCCCAGCAGGGAGGGUACAGGCAGAGGAGCUGGGCAGGGCCUUCCGCUGCAUGUACCCUGGAGGACAAGGUGACUACGCAGGGUUCCCAGGCUGCGGUCUCCUGCGCCUCCACAGCACCUACCGCCAUGACCUGAAGAUAUACGCGUCGGACGAGGGCAGAGUGCAAAUGACCGCUGCGGCUUUUGCGAAGGGUUUGCUGGCCCUGGAGGGGGAACUCACGCCCAUCUUGGUGCAGAUGGUGAAGAGUGCCAACAUGAACGGCCUGCUGGACAGUGACAGCGACUCGCUCAACAGCUGCCAACAGAAGGUCAAGGCCCGGCUCCACGACAUCCUGCAGAGGGACAGAACCCUAACCCCCGAAGACUAUGAGAAGCUGGCUCCAACCAACGGCGCAUCGUUAGUGAAAUCGAUGGAGAUGAUCGAGAACCCGGUGAAAACCUGUGACAAGGUCUACACCCUCAUUCAGAACCUAACGCAGCAGAUCAGACAACGGAUGGAGGACCCAAAGUCAGCUGACAUCCAGUUGUACCACAGCGAGACGCUGGAGCUGAUGCUGCGCCGUUGGUCUAAACUGGAGAAGGACUUCAGAAUGAAGAACGGACGUUACAACAUCAGCAAGAUCCCGGACAUCUACGACUGCAUCAAGUACGACGUGCAACACAACAGCUCCCUCAAGCUGGACCACAUGAUGGAGAUCUACCAGCGCUCCAAGGCCCUGGCCGACAUCGUCAUCCCACAGGAAUAUGGCAUUACUGAGGAGGAGAAGCUGGACAUCGCUAAAGGCUACUGCACACCUCUAAUUCGCAAGAUCAAGUCGGAUCUCCAGAGGACACAAGACGACGACACUGUGAACAAGCUGCAUCCUGAGUAUUCUCGUGGCGUGAUGUCCCCCGAGAGACAUGUGAGGACCAGGCUGUAUUUCACCAGUGAAAGCCAUGUCCAUUCGCUGCUGUCCAUUCUGCACUACGGACCCCUUUGUGACGAGGCGAAGGACGAUCAGUGGAAAACUGCCAUGGAUUACCUGAAAGUCGUCAGCGAGCUGAACUACAUGACCCAGAUUGUAAUCAUGCUUUAUGAGGAUCCCAACAAGGACCCCUCGUCUGAGGAGCGGUUCCACGUGGAGCUCCACUUCAGCCCGGGGGCCAAAGGCUGUGAGGAGGAUAAGAACCUCCCGGCUGGCUUCGGCUACAGGCCAGCAUCUCGCGAGAAUGAGGGCCCGAAAAAAAAAGCCCAGGCUACCGACAGCGAUGAGGACGCCUGUGCCGCCAAGCGUGACGAGCCCGACCGGGCUCCGGUGAACUUCAGACCCCUGGUGUCGGACCCCAUCUACAUCCACCGGAAACCCAGCAUGCCCCGGGCCAAAAAGAUCGGCUCCGUGGAAGAAGAGAGUCCACUGAGUGUCUCUAGCCCAGACUCAAUUGGUACCUGGCUUCAUUACACCUGUGGUGUUGGUACUGGGCGUCGAAGACGCAGAUCAGGGGACCAAAUAACCUCUUCCCCUGUCUCCCCCAAAUCACUGGCUUUCACAUCCAGUAUUUUUGGCUCAUGGCAACAGAAUCCAGUAGGCUACGCAGCACACAUGGAGGCAAGACAUGAGAGUCAGGGCCAAGGGGCUGCCUUAGCCCUCCAGAUCCUGACUGAAAGUGGCCAUCUUCAAAGACCUGGCAGACUUCACUCAGAAGUCAAGCUCACUACUGGAAUCGGGGCUCAUUGCGCUGGUCUCUUUAGCAACAUGGUGCUCGGGGGCUCCUCAAGCGCACCAAACCUACAAGAUUAUGCUCGCGCGCACCGCAAAAAGCUGACCUCUUCUGGCUUCUUAGAUGAAGCAACGCGCAGUUCUGGCGUAAAAAGGUUUUCAAUAUCAUUUGCGAGACACCCAACCAAUGGUCCGCUUAGUUGUGAUGGUAAAUUCUUAUCCAGUGUGUUCUGUGGCUUUGAGCUAUACUCCAUGGUUCCAUCCAUAUGUCCCUUGGAGACUCUGCACAAUUCACUGUCACUCAAGCAAGUGGACGAUUUCCUGGCCUCCAUUGCCAGAAGCCAUACCUCCGACUUUGAUACCUCCACAUCCACAGUUGCUGGGAAGAAAUUUUCCCUAAACACUUACACGCCUGCAAAGGUCCUGCCCUGCCCUUUCACUGAGGGGAAAAAGACAAUGGAGAAGGAUGCCAGUGUGAGCGGUCAGGGAAUAUCAGGGAAAUCCUCCCACUGUAGUUCCCAUGGUUCUUCAGAAUCAGGAAAUGCGUCACAGGAUCCCCCGGCCAUGUGUGGCCCAGUGUCUCCCCAAACUACCCAGGAGCAGCAACAACAUUGGACUGGUUCUUCGUCUCACGAGCAGGCCAGUAAAGACUUGUCGACGGAGAGCCUCCCCAAGAUCACGGGAUCAGGGAUCAAAAACACUGUAACGUGUGACACUCAAAGCCACAAAGUGCCAGCAGAAUCGGACUCAUGUGAAGUGGCAACAGAGCCUGCUCCCCUGGAUUUGCGUGGUGCGCGUUCAAAGUACUGCGAAGGAGAUGGUAACACGUGUACAGCUUUACCUCAGAGGGCCCAGGAUUGUGUCGGUAGUAAAACGGUGCUAGACAAGACUUUACCACAGAACACAAACGAUGAAGCACCUUCAGAGACUUCUUGUUCCACGGUCAAGUCUGUAGGCAAGGAGACGGGAACAUCUGCUGGUCGGGAGGUUUAACAUAUCUUCAAAUACAACUGAGGUUUCGAGAAUAUUACCCAAAUGUUGUAUAAUUCAACUUCAUGCAAAUUUUCCUGUAAAUACAAAGAUUUACACCCAUUAAUUUUGCCAUGUAGGAUAUUUUUUUCUCUCUUGAAGAGUAUUGAUUCCUCCUAUUUAUGAUAUUCCUUAGAAUCCAGGUGGGAAUGUAUUGACACGUCAGUCAAUCAAUGUAAGAUCAUAUUUCAGCUAUAUAAACAAAGUGAUUAUGCAUUGCAUUAUAGAUUGCUGUAUAUGUGCAUAUGCAUAUAUAAACAUAUAUUAUGUAGUAUACUAUACAUUAUGUGUAUGUUUACAUAUACAUAUUUGUGUAUAUGUAUAUACACAUUUAGAAAUAUUAAAAUAUCAAAUGGUUCUCCGGAGAUCUACAGUCCAGAAGAAAAGAUGACUUUACUCAUUUGAUUGUAAAUCUUGCAAUUGAAUGUAGCCUUUGUAUAAAAUAUGAAAACAUGAAUAUGAAAACAUUUUCAAGCCAAAAAUCUAUCCAAAGUACCCUUAUUUUUUUUUACCAGGGAUCUAAACCUAGAUGAAUAUACAGAAUGUUUUAUUAAUUAAACAUUUAGGUAGCAGUUAAUUCCAAGCUAACAUUUUAUGUACUUUAUUUGUAUAGGUGCCCCUUGUUUCUUUGAGAGUUUCAAGGUUCUUUUGACAUUUAUUUUUCCUGAAGUGAUUUAUGUGCCAGAAAUGCCAGAAAGCUAGGGCUUAUAAAUUGUACAUGUAUGUAUCAGCACUGCUGAUGUAAAAUGUGUUUAGAUCAUUGCACACAAGAUCAAGCUUCAAUAUGUCUUUGCUGUUUAUCCCUGCUACUGUGCCUCAGAUCUAAAACUGUCCAAUUUAAGUGGCUCGGUGACAAAGGUUGAUUGUGUGGGACCAAUUAACUCACGGCUGUGGACAAUCCAAUGCAAAAUUAGAAAGGAAAGUGUAUUUUUCCUUUCAGUCAAUUAUGGCUGCCUAAAAUAUCCAGUAAUAUUCAAUCCUGGUAUAUUAGGAAUGAUGAUGUCCUAAAAUGUACCCAUCUUUGAACCAUGAACCCGUGCUACAGAAAUCGCACAUCUACUCAGCAUUGUUUUUUGUAAAUAUUGUUAUACUACAAUGUAGACCAUAUGAAAAGAAAUGCACAGCAAUGUCUGGGAUUCAUCUUCCUCACCCAUUGACCCUGAAAUGUUAAUGUACUUUUAGAACAUAUCAUUAAACGGUCGAAUCUCAUACGA